UUUUUAUUUCGUUUCGAACGCGAGAACCGUGCGGACGUGUGCGGUUGAAACAGAAACCGAAACAGUAAGCCACGGUGACCAAGCACCAAGUUCUCUUCACGCUCUCGCCGCCGCCUCACCCCUCACCUUUAACCCUCAACAGGCGGCCACCGAAAAAUUAAAGGAGACCACUAAGAAAUAGAAACAAUUAAUGUGAAGCCCCCGCCCGCCCCCUCUGCAAUUUCGAGUCAAUUGUGUGCCUAAAACCAAACAAACAAACUUGGCAAUUUUUGUUGAAUUUUUUUAUUGUGUUUGACUAAAUAGAGUAAGCAAGUGCAAGUUCUUUAAAAAAAAAACUCGAAAAUUCAAAAGUCCUGGAUUAUUUUGAAUUUUGCCAAACUUCAAAGACAACAACAAAAAGCGGCAGGCUCCACUAACGGUAAACAGCCAAGUGAAAUCUCAGGCAAGGCAAAAAACAAAUCAGCAAAAAGAAAAAGCCAAGUCAGACAGAAGAAGAAGAAGCACCAGUAGCACCAGCAGCAGCAGCAAGUGCAAGAGAGCAAAAAGAGCUCGAAAAAGAGAGCGUUUGUGCGUGUGCGAGCCGAGUGUGUGUGUGACUUCCUUGUUUCAAGUAAUUUAUUGAAAAUCACCCGAAUCAUAAACAAAUUUUGCAAAUCAAGGCAGCUAAGUUGUUUGCCCUCAAGGAAAGAAAACGCCGAAAAGACAAGCAAGACCAGUAAACGAGCGAAUAAGGCACACACAACAAUUGCUUGAAAAACGCACAAUGACCUUGCCCACAAACACACACGCAUCUGCAAACGACGGCGGCAGCGGCCACAACAACAACCACAGCAACAUUAACAAUAACAACAACAACAGUAGCAGCAGCAGCGACGAAGACUCGGACAUGUUUGGACCACCCCGCUGCUCGCCGCCCAUCGGCUACCACCAUCACCGUUCCCGGGUGCCCAUGAUCUCCCCCAAGCUGCGACAGCGCGAGGAGCGCAAGCGGAUCCUCCAGCUCUGCGCCCACAAGUUGGAGCGGAUCAAGGACUCGGAGGCGAACCUGCGCCGCAGCGUCUGCAUCAACAACACCUACUGCCGCCUCACCGACGAGCUGCGGCGCGAGAAGCAGAUGCGCUACCUCCAGAAUCUGCCCAGAACCAGCGACAGCGGCACAACCACCGAAGUGGCGCGUGAGAAUCUCUUCCAGCCGAACAUGGACGAUGCCAAGCCGGCCAGCAAUAGCACUACUAGCAAUAAUAUCAAUGCCAACGGCAAGCCUUCAACCGCUUUCGGCGAUGCCUUUGGCUCCUCAAACGGAUCGUCGUCGGGUCGCGGUGGCAUUUGCUCCCUGGAGAAUCAGCCGCCCGAGCGUCAGCAGCUGGGAACGCCCGCUGGAGCCUCCGCGCCCGAGGCGGCCAAUUCGGCGCCACUUUCCGUUUCCGGUUCGGCAUCGGAACGCGUGAAUAACCGAAAACGUCACCUGUCCAGCUGCAAUUUGGUCAACGAUCUGGAGAUACUGGACAGAGAACUGAGCGCCAUCAAUGCACCCAUGCUGCUAAUCGAUCCGGAGAUUACUCAAGGUGCCGAGCAGCUGGAGAAGGCGGCCUUGUCCGCCAGCAGGAAGAGAUUGAGGAGCAAUAGCAGCAGCGAGGACGAAAGUGAUCGCUUGGUCCGCGAGGCUCUGUCCCAGUUCUACAUACCGCCUCAGCGCCUGAUCUCCGCCAUCGAGGAGUGUCCCCUGGAUGUGGUCGGAUUGGGUAUGGGAAUGAAUGUGAAUGUGGGAGGAAUCGGUGGCAUCGGAGGAGCGGCAGGCGCUGGCGUCGAAGUGUCCGGAAGCAAACGGAUGAAGCUGAACGACCAUCACCAUCUCAACCACCAUCACCAUUUGCACCAUCAUCUGGAGCUGGUCGAUUUCGAUAUGAACCAAAACCAAAAGGAUUUCGAGGUGAUCAUGGACGCCUUGAGGCUGGGAACGCCGACGCCGCCGAGCGGCGCAAGCAGCGAUUCUUGCGGACAGGCGGCAAUGAUGAGCGAGUCGGCCAGCGUUUUCCACAAUCUGGUGGUCACCUCGUUGGAGACAUGAAAGUACCAGUGAAUCCCCGAGCAGCAGACAAAGAUUAAAGAGUUUAGAUUUUAUAUAAGACAUUUGCAUACAGUUUUUAAGAGAACAUUUAGGCUAUGACCCAUGUACUAACCUCUAAGCUAUUAUAUAGAAAGGAGCAGAAGAUCGGGCGGAUUGGCCAGUAUUACUCAUUAAAUGGCAGUCGCGAUUUGUACAAACAAAAAUACACAAAAAUGUAGUUGUAGGCAAACAAAAAAAGCAAACAAAAAAAAAACAAAAAUCAAAGAAUUUGUAGUCAAAACAGCAGAAAGAAACAAACAAAAAAAAAACCAGAACAAUCUAUAAGUUAAAUUUAAAGCAAGGAAAAUCAACUCAACAAAAAUUCAGUUGUGGUUUCCAUUUCGGUUUCGAAAGGAGAGGUCCGUUUAAUUGAAAACUACUUGCAAUUAAACGAAAAACUAUAUUAUGUAUAUGCCAGUGACAUUCCACAUUUGCUAUCCCUACUGAAUUUUUGUACUUUCUACACUAACCGCUAUCCAUUGGAUGUUUUAAAUAUCUCACUCACGGAAAAUGUCAAAAACUAUGUUGCGUUUGACAAAUAUGCGUACAUACCUAUAUAUAGUUUACAGAAAACCUCCGAAGUUCUCCUAGUCAACAAAAAACAAACGAAAGAGAACACACAACACGCUAUCCAAAACAAAGAACAACAAAACAAAUUCUAAAAAACAAACAAUGCAAGGUUUCAUUUAUUAAAUUCCAAACAAACUUCGUUUAUUAAACUUAAUUGGUUCCCAUUUUUUGGCCUGUGCACAAAUACAAAGGAUGACGACAAUGUUCUAAUAAGAAAACUGAGACAUGAAAGCAAAUGAAAAUAGCAAUUUAACAAAACAAAACAAAACCACAAAAUAUUAUACAAAAAAGUGCAAUUAGAAUUUUUUAAAAUAUUGAAAGCAAGCCUCAAAAACAAAAACAACAAAAGUGCAUUCAAAAAGAUUUAAACACAAAUCGGGCAAAUUAACAAAUUAUAAAAGUAAUAAUUAGAAUAUAGUAAACAAAUUAAGGCGAUCAAACAAAAACCACAAAACAAACAAAAAAAAAAACAAAAAACAACAAUUUUUUCUUCGAAAAAAAUUACGGCUGUGAUAGAAUUUUAAGUUUUUGGCUAAAACAAAAAACAGAAACAGAAAAGCAAAAGAAAUGAAACCACAAAAAAAUUACCAUUUAAAAGAAAACAGAAAGUACUACAAAAUAUAUACCAGGCAUUAAAUCAUGAAUAUUAUGAUCUAUGUGUAAACGAACAUUUAGUAUUAGUAAGACAAAAGAAAGGAAAAGAAAUGAAAAGAAAUGUAAUGAAAUGAAAUGCAAAGAAAUGAGGAGAAGAGAAGAGAAACUAAUCGAGUAGAUGAAAAGCGCGUGCUGUACUUUCUUUCCGCGAGAGAGAAGCGAAAAAGAGAGGAUCCCUCGAGUUGCGCUCGCUUGGCUUUCAUUGAUUUUAUAUAUUUAUAUAUAAAUAUAUAUAUUUUUUUUUGCAUUUUAUAUAAGUCGCCUCGCCUCGCCUAAGCUUUCGAUUUCGUUUCACGUUCCUCGUUCCUCUCGUCCCUCGCUUUUGUUUUCGUUCGCGUUCGCGUCUUUGGCCCAGAAGAAACCAGACCACAAAACCAAUCUGUUCCGUUCCGUUCCCCCAAUGGAGAUAGCCACAUCCAUAGCCAUGGGCAGCGAAGCUAGAAAGAUACAGAUGCAGAUACAGUAUCUGUAUACCUUUUUGUUGUAAGCGGGAUGCGCAGGGCGACAAGUCAAAGACUCAAGACUCAAAGCAUCUAGAAAGAGCAGGUCCUUCAUCGAUUGCCUUUCCCCAUUUCCCCCGUUUCGACUUUUGUUAAUGCUUUAGUUUUUAUGAUAUGAUUAUUUUUUGAUAUGUUUAUGUAAUUAUAAUUAUCGUGCGUUUUACUAGAAGAAUUACUUAGCCGAUGAUCGUACACGUUUAGUGAACUUUAUCCAUAUGUAUUUCCAUUAUAGUUAAUAUUCCUACAUAUAUACAGACUACAUAGAUGAACCAAUAUACCAAUUUACCAAUAUACAUUAUGCAUACACAGUGCUCUGCCCGCUCGAUUCCGUAUUGAUCGUGCCGCAGGCGAACUAUUGAACAUUCAAAGCUAUGCAACAAAGGCAAAAUAAAUUAUACAAAAACAAA